ACUUCAAACAAACAACAGUUGUUUCGUGAAAAUCGUGACCAAUGUCGACCGCUUCUGCUUUCGCCGUUAAUGCUCCGUGUUUCCUAAAUGCUUCUUCGAUUAAGAAAUCGUCAUCUUUAGCCAGAUCUCCGUCGUUUUCCGCUAGGUUUACCUGCAAUUCAUCAUCAUCUUCUUCUUCUUCAUCAUCAUCUUCUUCUGCAACUCCUCCGAGCCUGAUUCGUAACCAGCCGGUUUUUGCUGCUCCUGCUCCGAUCAUCACUCCGAAGUGGACCGAAGACAUGGGAAAUGAAUCAUACGAGGAUGCGAUUGCUGCACUCAAGAAGCUUCUAAUUGAAAAGGGAGAGUUAGAACCUGUUGCCGCGGCAAGAAUCGACCAAAUCACAGCCGAGCUUCAAACACCUGAUGCCAAAGCUCCUUUUGAUCCUGUUGAGAGGAUCAAAACGGGUUUCGUCAAGUUCAAGAGAGAGAAAUACGAAACUAACCCAGCCUUGUACGGUGAACUUGCCAAAGGCCAGAGCCCAAAGUUCAUGGUUUUUGCAUGCUCAGACUCGCGGGUUUGCCCAUCAGUUGUGCUCGAUUUCCAACCCGGUGAGGCAUUUGUAGUCCGUAAUGUUGCCAACAUGGUCCCUCCCUAUAACCAGACUAAAUAUGCUGGAGUAGGAGCUGCAGUUGAGUAUGCAGUUUUGCAUCUCAAGGUAGAGCAAAUAAUCGUAAUUGGGCACAGCCGUUGUGGAGGGAUCAAGGGUCUCAUGUCUUUCCCAGACGAAGGACCUCACACAACUGAUUUUAUCGAGGAUUGGGUGAAAGUAUGUCUCCCAGCAAAGUCUAAGGUACUAGCAGAACAUGGAAGUACAUCUGUCGAUGACCAAUGUGUACAAUGUGAAAAGGAGGCUGUGAAUGUAUCACUCGGACACCUGCUGACUUACCCGUUUGUAAGAGAUGGGUUGGUGAAGAAGACACUAGCACUCAAGGGUGGUCACUACGAUUUUGUUAACGGAACCUUUGAGCUAUGGGGACUUGACUUUGGCCUUUCGCCGCCUACCUCUGUAAAAGAUGUUGCCACUAUACUGCAUUGGAAGCUCUUCUAAGAGGGUGGGAUGUUUCUUACAGUCAUCCUUACAAAGAUGAAGUUUAUGAGGUGGUUAUGUAGAAGUCAAUUUUCUAUAAAGAAAUCAUAACCAUGUAGACCCGAUCAUAAUUUUAAAUAACACGAUAUUUCUGAGUUAGUCCAUCGUCGAUCCAUA